CUCUGUUCUUCGCAGGAAAGGGCGUUCUUUUUUUUUUCUUCUAUUUUUUUGGUUUUUGCAGCAGAUUUGGUUUGUGUUCUUGGUUUGCUGCUGUGGCAUAUGGAGUAGAAUUCUUUCAUGAUUGAGUAGUAGAGAGCUGAAAGAAAAAAAAAUGUUAGUAGGGUGGGGUGGCUGGUUGGCUACUGGCUGAUGAUCAAAUUGAUUGGGGAAAACAUCUUGGCAGGAGUAAAUUUUGGGCAAUAGAGGGAGGAUGGAUGACAGCAACCUCUGUUCCUCUCUGUUGGUUUACUCCUUUCCUGGCAACGAAAACCCUGGGUGAUCUGAUGAGUAGCAUGGCAUGCCAUCUCCUACCAGAUGGUGGAAGCAUAUUGGCUGAUGAACUCUUUGAGAACCAAAGAGCAGAGCAAGGAAUUUACUGGACACUGUGGGAUUCCAGGUUAUCCGAAGAUCUGAGCACGGCAAGCAUGUAUUCAGACAGCUACGGAAACAACGGCGGCGCGCAAUCUUUCAGCACCUCUGAACAGUGCAGUACAGUGCCUUCAGAUUCAGAAGAGCAACCUGGAUAUCCAUCACCGUUUGAGCCACUACACAUCGAGCAAACAAACGACAUGUUUUUAAGCCAGUUUUCAGAUGAGGAGGUGAGGAGGAUGGAUGCUCCAUUCCAGGCGCUCGACAUGUUCCCGGACUCCAUGCACAGGCUCCUGUCCUACGAGCACAUGCCGAGCGGCGCUCUCGUGUCUGAUCCCAAGAACCAGGAGGUGAACUUGGAUCAAGAUGACAUGGACACCUGUGGCUUCCCUCUCUACUUCAGCCAUGGCCUGCAAGAUGAUGAUCUGACCAUGGUUGAUGGCGGCAAGCUGCUGCUUGAUCCAAGCAGCCUGGAGAUGGUGGGAGCUACAGACACCUCCUCCAUGAACAAGGCUGCAUUGAGCACGACGGAGAUAAGCUGUCCGGAGAGCCCGCCGGGAUCGGAAGAAGUGGUGCUUGAGGAGCUCGAGGAGGUGAUGGUGCAGAUGGCCAGGACGACGAGGAUAUGCCUCCGCGACGCCUUCUACAGGCUGGCCGAGGGCUCAAGGGCGCCGCGCUCCGCCGCCGACGAUGGCGCCGUCGCCGCCGCCGAGACCAGGGCGUCGACGCGGCCACGACGACGCCACCGCCGCCGCCAACAAGCGAAGAACGCGAUCGACAGGACGGUGGUGAGCCUCACUUUCCGGCUACCGCCGUGCUCGGCUGCCCAGCUCCGUCCGUCAGAAGCAGAGGUGAUGCUGACCACGCGUGCCUGAGCUGAGCUCGCUGUCGCCGGAUCACCGGAGGACACGAGGAUAGAGACUUGCUUGGUCUCCAGAGCGCCAUUGGAGAUGCAACCACCACCGGCAUUGCUCGCUCGCUCUCUCUGCUACGAGCUUCCAGGUUCAAGCAUGUAGUAGAAUGAUUGGAAGCAGAUGCUUGGUUUUUUUUAUGUCGCAUUUACGUUUGUGCAGUGGCUUGAAAUCUUGUAAUAUCGACAGAUUUUGACGUGUGAGUGAAAAAUUUUGAUGGUGUC